CGUGUAUUUUUAAAAUAAUGUGGAUAAUUCUGCAAAAGAGCGGGGUAAAUAACCUGGAAUACUUGAAGGCGUUUUUGUUUUAAUUCAUACGACUUUAUUUUAAUUCAUAUUACUAGGAACGUUUGCAACAGGAACUAUUCCAAUAGUUUCCAGUAGGCUACAGUAGGGACAAGUUUGCACUAUGAUCACGUCAGUUGACCGUACGUUGCCGCAGACAAAGUUAUGCCAUCUCAGUCCACUGAAAGGCAUUUUUAACGUAAUCGAUAUCGUUAUAAUGUUACUGCACCGAAGCACUGGCAUUUAAUUUUAAAGAUGUUUCAGGGACUCAAAUCCUUGGGUGCCUUCAGCCAGAGACAAAAUCCUCUCUGGUUUAGACUACUCACAUUAUUGAAACGCGUUUCCCCCUUUUCGACCACUGGUGAGCCCAGGAAACGUCACGCUGGAAUUACGGGAAGUAAACAUUACAGGUGUCUGGAAGAUUGCGUAAACCAUUGUGGUUAAAUACGCGGACUUAUUCCACUUAAAGCGAAUUGCUAAAUUUAUUUUUCUUUGCCGAUGUUGUUCAGUCGAAUUGUCCUGUGACAUAAAGAUAUCUGGGCCACAAAGAGAGAUGUCUCAACCUGAGACUGUAACCCAGAGUCCAUGGGCUUUGUCAGAGUUGCUGGGGCAAAGGAGACUGUGGGGCUUGGGGGCCCUUCUGGCCUGGAUGGUUUUGUUCCACUUGCUGGUGAACAUUUGGCUGCUGUGCAUGUUCACAAGCCUCCUGGUGGUGCUGGGCGGCUGGUUGGGGUACCAGGCUGUCCUGGAUGCCAACAGCGUGCUCCACCUGGAGCACUUCAUCUCCCUGAAGAGGGUCCCAAACUUGCCGGAGAGUGAGUUGCAGCUGGACCGCGAGAUCCAGAGCACCAUCUGCAAGAUCAUCCGUGACUUUGUGUCCUCGUGGUAUCGCUCCGUGUCCUCAGAGGAGGAGUUUGAGGUGGAGACGCAGAGGGCCAUGCUGGCUGUGGCUCAAGGGCUGAAGACCAGAGCGCAGAAGGUGGACAGGAAAGCCCUGACACAGAGGGUCUUGGACUUGUGUGGGUGCCACCUCCAGAGCUACAUUAGGGUUAAAGAGGUCCUGGCUGAGCAGGAGAAGAACCUGGUGGUGGACAGAGAUGAAGAUGACCGUUGCCUGGACAGCAGCCUCUGGAAGAUAUAUUGUAAAGUGUGCAGGGCUCACCCAGCUAUGGAGAGCUCUGCUGCUGAGCUAAACUAUGCCAGGGCCAUAGUUGACCUGCUAUUGCACGUGCUGGUCCCGCCCCCUCACCUGGAGACCAGAACAGGUCGGUUUGUAGUUGGGGAGCUAAUCACCUGCAAUGUUCUCCUCCCCCUUAUCGCCAAAAUGUCCGAUCCUGACUGGCUGAACUUGCUCAUCAUCGACAUCUUCACAAAGUCCAGCAAGCAAGCCGUGGAAGAUGUGGAUGACCUGGAAGCUACACCCCCACCUCUGUUAACCAUCCAGCAGCAGCAAAACAAAGUAAUUGAUGUCCCCUGCUUCUUGAACCUGACAGUUCGGCCAGAAACUCCCCUUGUAACUGAAACCCCGCCUCCUGAGCUGGCUGCCUAUGAUGUCAUUGAUUGUGCUGAGCUGUACUACCAGCAGGACAUAGAAGAGGAGGCCAGGCAGGAAGGUGUGGCCAAUCAUGGCAAACCAGGGGCAGGCAGCACCUUGGACUACCUGAGACCUGACAUGUUUAACCCUUUCUAUCAAGAGUCUGACUCUGACCAGGAGUCGCCCAUGUCUGAUUUCAAGAAAAGCUCCAUGGAGUCACUGAUCCUGAUUGGCCCAGAAGAAGGGCUGACGGACAGAUUGUGCGAAUACACUGCUGGUAUUGCAGACCAGGAUGAAGAGCCACAGGGCUGUCCAGGGCUAGGGGAGGGUUGCUGCCCAAAGGUGCUGGUCACUGAAGACCUGGACCAGCCUGAAAACCAAGUGAGCAUAGAAGGAACAAAAGCAGAAAGGAAAAGUAGCUGGGGAAACAUCUACCAAGAUGGAGUCCCAGAGAAGGAGUCAGGGAGCAUGAAACAAGCAGGGCGAAGCAACCUGAAUGACCUCUCCAUCGAAGGUCCCCCGCAGACUUCAGGUGCUGUUGCUGGGGGGGUCCCUCUGGCCACCUUCAGCUUUGAGCCCCUCACCAGCCCGGACGGCCCAGUGGUCAUUCAGAACCUGCGGAUCACUGGCACCAUCACAGCCAAGGAGCACAAGGGUUCAGGCUCCCACCUUUACACCCUCUACACAGUCAAGUAUGAAACCACAGUAGAAACAGAGAACCCAGGCACAUUUCAUUCCGUUGCCUACCACAUGGUGAACCGGCGCUACAGUGAGUUCCUGAACCUGCAGACUCGCCUGGAGGAGAAGGCUGACCUGCGGAAGGUGAUAAAAAAUGUAAAAGGGCCCAAGAAACCUUUUCCGGAUCUUUCCUUUGGAAACGUGGAUAUUGACAAAGUAGGGGCCCGGAAAGGCCAACUGGAGACAUUUCUCAAGCAACUCUGUAAUAUUCCUGAAACUGCCAACAGUGAAGAGGUGCAGGAGUUUCUGGCUCUUAAUACUGAUGCGAGAAUAGCCUUUGUGAAGAAACCUUUUGUUGUAUCAAGGAUAGAUAAGAUCGUGGUGAACGCCAUCGUGGACACCCUGAAAACGGCCUUCCCCCGCUCUGAGCCCCAGAGCCCCACAGAGGAGCCGGAGGGAGAGGCCGACGGGAAAGCACAGUCCGACGGGAAGAAAACAAAGUCUCGCCUCCGGUUCUCCAGUAAAAUCUCUCCCGCUCUCAACCUGGACGAGCUGCAGCCCAAGGUGCAGUACUGCUUCAAUGAAGAGAACACAGUGUUCAAUGGCCUCUCCCUAACCGCCCUGGAGGGCUUCCUGAAGGAGCAGGAGAAGGCCCUGAGUAGGGCACAAGACCUCCAGGAGCCCAAGGGCAGCGAGGAGAACAGGGACCCGGUCAGCUCCGCGUGUCUGGAGAACAGAGUGCAGGGAGCUGCAGAGACAGCGCUAGCAGACGUGGCCUUGAACAUCCUGUGCUUGCUCAUGAAGGACCAGUGGAGCUGGCUGUGCACUGAGAAUGUCCAGAAGACCAUCAGGCUGCUGUUUGGAACCUUCAUUGACAGGUGGCUUGAUGUGGGUAUGGCUAACCUGACCAGUACCCCUUGCUGGGUAAUCUACCUGCGGGUUCUCCAGGAAGCCGUUUGGCCCGAGGGAACCCUCCCCACUCAGCCGCGGCCCGCCCGCAGCAGCCAGCAGAAGGAGGAGACCAGACAGCAGUCCUUGCAGUGUCUAAUGAAACUGCUUCCAGAUCUGAUCCCAGACCUGCUGGGUUCUGAAAAGUACAGACUGAGCUGGCAGGCCGUCCUGGAAUCUCUGCAGGACCCCCAGAUCAACAGGCACCUGGUGUACAGCGUGUGUGACCUGCUGCUGGAGGUUCUGAUCCCAGAGUCCUCUGAUGAGGUCUUUCAGAGAUCGCUACUGAGCAGCCUGUGCGGGACAGCAAGGAGGCCAUCAGCAUGAUAACAGAGAUGCACACAGAGACACACGCGCACACACACACAGUUGCACGGACACGCACUAGGGGAUGCACAAACAUAGGCAAUGAACAUAUGCAUGAAAACCAACAGGCAUACCCACACCCACACCCACACACACACACGCAUGUCCAUACACAGACGUGAAAAGCAGGGGAUAACCACGUUCACAAAGUCAGCGCACCUGCAGAGUGAGGUUAGUCUGAGUGUGGUUUGCGAUGAUGCGUGCUGAAUUUCUCAGCCCGAGGUGCUUGAAUUGGCCUGUUGUUACCAGUUUAAAGCAUCCAGCCAUUACACCAGUCCACACAGCUGUAAUUACCGGGACACCUGUUCCACAAGUUGCCAGGAUCUAAAUCUGUGGACCUCUCUACGCUUAAGACUCCCUUAUUAGUCUCCUAUCAGUCCAACUCAGUUCACAGUACAUCCUACCUACUACAAUAAUCAUCCAGUCCACAAACUACUCUAAUCAUUCUGCGGCCUCUCUUUCUGGUAUUAAGGGUUCAUGGGAACGCCCCCAGUAUCCGGAGGGGGCCGAGCAGGGUGUUUUCUAGGUGUUUCCGCUCGAUGUUUAGCACAUUGUGUUCUGCUUAUUAUUAUUGUGCUUAUUGUUAAGGAACAUGUGUUGUUAGUUUGGUCUGGUGUCUUGUGUGCAGGAAACCAGUGCUGAGGGCUUGUAAUAUUUGCUGUUGCGCUCUUUGAAGUUCCCUGGUGUCGCAGUCACAUCCGUAGUAUUUGAGAGUCCUGUAACUCUUCUCCCUGUCUUUCUGUGCUCGGUCGCGUGAGAAACGAGAAGCUUUCACUCAUUUGUUUGUAGCCCUCAUUUUGUGACGUUUUGUAAAGGGCUGAAGUCACAGGUGGUGGUUGACCUGCUUGUGAAAGCAAACAAAAUGAUAUUGGUUUGUUCUAAAGUUCCAAAGAAAUGUUCCCAUCUGAAAUCAGGAGUGCAAUGAGGAUGAGGUGGAAGAUCAUUCCAGUGGGAAACACAAUCCCCCCUAGCUCUUGCUGUAUAUGCAAAUGAAUGAACAUAAAUCUUAAAACACUUUGUAUUUAAAAAGGCUGCUUUAUAAACAAAGCACUUAGUAUUCCAUAGGCGUUAAAAAAUUACAGAAAUACAGAAACGCAUUCCUUCAUCAUUGAAAAAAUUAAUACAUUUUUAUAGUUUUGUUAGUCUGUGUGUAUACCAGUUAUACCAUAUAUGCAGCUCAAUUUAAUUUGUUACUUCUACCUCAUCUUGUGGUUCAGUAGUUCUGGAUAUUGUACAUUCACAGGAAUGUCUUAUUUCCCUUUAUUGCAUUACAAUGAAAUGGACUCUUGAUCUAUAAGACUUAAUGUGUUUUCCCCUCAAUUUCCUGAUGAGCCUUAAGUCAGCUAUUAAAUCAGUAACUUUUUUAUGUUUUAGUUGAAAAAAACUUAUUUCCUACAGGCCCUCAGUCAUCUUUUUAGUAGGUACUGUUUAAAAAUAGGUACUAUUGAAAUAUAUUUUCAACUUUUACACAGCAAGACACAGACCAGAUUACCCCAUAAAGAGGUGGGUUUGAAAAUCAUCUGCAGUUGGGAACAUAAUAAGGACUCUGUUCAUGCUCUAACCUCAGAUAAUAUAUUUGCCUAAAAUAUUUACAAUCAACUAACAUAAAGUGUUGUUCGGUAUUAAAAUAAGAGAAGAGGCUUUCAAUAUAGACAUUAAAUAUAGUUACAUUUGAAAAUUUGUCAGAAUUUAUUUAUUUAUUUAUUUAUUUAUUUAUUUAUUUAUUUAUUUAUUUAUUUAGUCAUUCAGUUAAUUAUAUGUAGUAAUAGUCUCUGUAUCAAAGUAUUGGUACUCAUUGAGAAUAGAAGUUCCAUAGCUGUAACCAAAAUCAUUGAUUGAUUGCUCUAAAAUUCCACAUGGCCUUUUACAAGCCUAUAGUCUGAACAUCAGUCCUGAUUUGCUUCAGCAGAACAAAAAAACCUAUUUGAGGCUUUGGGAAGUCUGGAAGUCUUCACAAACUCUCAAAAGUUCUUAUAAAGAUUUGGUCUUGCUCAAUUCCAGGACGUCAGAACUAUAGCCUUCGCAAAUGGAUUGUUAUUCCUGAUCCCAUCUGGCCCCAUCCCUCCACAUCUGUCUUUAUUGUGGGAUGCAGUGCUUUGUCCUAAGUCUCAAAUGUAAGGUUCAUCAUGUGAUAUAGCACAGUAAAUGAUCUAGCUACAUUGCCUGUGCUUGAUUUGGCAAUUUGUAAUGAAGCCACAGGUUUGUCUGUACCAUGUGGUACUUACCCUGAUACACAGAGAACACUACAAUCUACUGCGGUCUCCAAAUUCACUGAAACUGGAUCCAUUUCUGUGUUCCAUACAGCCAGUCAAGUUUUAGUGCAAAAGCAAAACAGCUUAUUUCAAUUGGCCGAAUUUUGUAAUGUUGACUCUACUGUGUCUUUAUGUACAGUACACUUGGAUUUAGGAAAUGACACUAUCACGCCACUAGCCAACUUUUCUGAUCUGCGCAUCAAGGGAAAUAGUGUUUAUGGAACUGAACCUAAUAAAACUACAUUCAUCUGAUACAGUAUUUCAUAUGAAGGUCAAAGAAAGUGCUGUGUUAUUUCCAAAGAGAAGUCCUUUGAUGUGAGUCCUUUUCCAUUGAAUGUGUAAUGCUGUGUUAUUGCACAUGUGCUACAGUUUUAUGGUGAGUGUGCAGUAAAUUCAUGUUGUUGCACCGUGACAGUUUGGCUGUUUGAAAUGCUGUCGGUUGUUGCUUAUGUUGUUGGCAUGACCAACACACAGGGUGUUGUUCUCUCUGUAUGAGUGGUAAUGAAAACAUUUUCAGAACAAUAAAAAAACUGAACGUCAAA